GGCAGCAGACGAUAAAAACGUCGUGCAUUUAAUUAUUUUGGACCCCGCCGAGAAACGAACGAACCACAGAAGCAGUCAACGGCCGAAAAUGAGUUAUUAUGACCUGUGAGCAUGGACAAUGUCUUACCCACUCUGGUCGGGAAAAGCUGACGGCAAAAACCACCUGCCUUCACAAAAGGUGAAAUCGGUAACAGGAAAUUAAGCUAUGUGGACCGGGAAGCUGAUCAGCUGUGGGCUGAGUAUGUAAACAAGAACAGACACAUGACGCGAAUACUUAACACACCUUUUCAGCGAGUGUGUCAUUUACCCUGUGUAUUUGGGACAGGUAUUGUACAUAGGACUUGCUUUAUUGUACUACUAGACAAAUUAUAUGCAGUGCGCCUCGUCUGAAAGGCCACGGCAAGUGCAUUUUUGAUUUGUGAUUGAAGGAGACCGGCCCCGGAAACAGUGGAUAGGAUGUGGUGAAAUAUGCAGCGAUACCUGCUAAUAUUUCUGGAAGCGUUUAAUAGCAGUCAGAAAUUCGCCCGGGCAAUGCUGAUUGAUUGAUGUUGGGGAAAACUGUAUGAGUCAGUAGCGAGUGCGAGUGGACUACACAUUUACAUACCUGUGUGAAAUGUACAGGUGUACAGAGUGUACUACUAGCAUCAGAGUGAAAGAGGAUGUCUAAGGAAAAUGUGCAAGUCUGUGAAAUUAAAGAAGAUGAGUCCACUUUGUCGAAAACAACAAAAAUGGGAAAUAACGAAAGCUCCACAAAUGGAGAUGCUCAGUCUGGAGCAUCUGUCCAUGAGGAAACUACAGGUGUGAAUAAACCCAGCUCGGAGAAUAGAUCAGCGAGUGUGGAUAAACAAGGCCAAGUACAUUCUGUUGAUGAAGAUUCAACAAGAUUGACUUGCUCUACAGAAGCAAAGCAGAACGUUGUUGAUGAAGUUAAAGAAAAUGUCCUUGACAAGUUAACAAGUGUGCCGAGUAAUAAACAAUUCAAUACAUCAUUGGAACCAGAAUUGGAGCGAAGUGCUAAAAAUGUAAUUACUGAUCCACAUGUAGGUCACAAUAGCAAUAAAUGGGUCACGCAUGAAACUCCAAAGUCUGAUGCCGCCAGGAGUGUGCAACUGGGCCAACAGCAGUUGAACAUGGAAACAACACAAACCCCAAAAGAUGCACACCAGCAAUCCAUAAACCCAGAUUUAAAUAAUCUUGUCUCGGCUGGAAAAACACCCCUGGAGGGCACCAGGUCGGAGGUUAAGUCUGCAGCAGACACUUCUGAUGCUCAGAGAUGUAGGUCGCCCACCCAUGGUAAUCAUGAAACUUCAAACUAUGUGUGUGAUUCAAGUGAGAACAACAGUCAGCUGAUGGCAUCAAUAGGAAACGAAAAAGUUAAACAGCUGGAACAAUCCAAAAGUUUACGAUCACCCGAUGCAGGCCAAACAAACACAAUUGAUGGGAGAACCAUGGCGGAAGAUUCCCCAGCUGCAAAUGUCACUGAAAGAGCACUCGAGGCAGUGAGUGAUUCGAGGGAACCACUCGUCAACGAUGCUGCCGUGGCUACAGAGGAGCGAGAGCAAUCAAAUGUGAGUGAAAUGGCAUCCGCAAUGAAAAACAUCUCAGAUUCAACAUCCCAUGAAUAUUCAGGUCACAUCGGUAUUGCUGCACAUGCAAGAUUGCUUGAAGAUGCAGUCAAUGCACCAUCCAUUACUGCGGGAAAUACUGUCGGUGAGGAAAGCAAACAAACCGAUGGAAAGGUUGUAUGCCCCGACAGUUGUGAUGGAAAUGAAAUGAAGCAGACAGAGCAGUCUAGCGGACAUGAAACUCAGACAGACACAGUUGUAGACAGUAAUGUUGCAUCUCCUUUACUAUCCACUAGUAGUCUUUCCGUAUUAAAUUUAGAUGAAUCUGUUAAUGAGGACAUAAUGAGUUCCAAAGAAAAGGAUACUUUUCAACUGUACGAGACAGUGGUUGAUGAUGAGAGGAGGAAAGUCAAUAAAGAUAAGAAACCGCAAGAAGGAAACUCUGAGGACAACGGUGAAAAUUCAUCCCUUUUUCUGCCAGGUGCACUCCUCGAUCACAAUUUCUGCAAUAAUAACCCUAAAACCACCCAGCAAAUUUUACAAACUUCAGAUGUUGGGGACUCAGAAAAAGAUGUUGCCGGAGAAGCUUUAAUGGAGGCAGAGAAAACUGAGGAGGGAAAAUUAUGCAAAUUUGUGGCUGACAAACAAAACGAAACCUCCAGCAGUCAAGAUGUUAGUGUUCCCGGUAACGAGAUUUCCUCAAACAAUUUGGAGAAGAAAAACAGUGUGAUGCCCUCUGGGGAAACGGCGCAGCCUCCUAAUUUGGACACUGGAGACAUUAAUGCAAGUAUAAUGACAGAUUCACUUAAAACCGCAGUGCAGCCAAACCAAGCAAAGCAACUCCCUGAAGCAAUCACCGAAGAUUUAACAGGAGGAGUGGUUUUGUCAUCAAGGAAUAUUAGUGAAAGUGAGUUUGGAGAUGAAAGUAACCCAUUGGCGAUACCUGAGGAACAUGUACAUGUAGACACCGAUGCAGUGAAUGAUGAACAGUCCAUAAUUACUUUGAAUACUUCAGUCGCAGCAAAUGAGACUGUUGAAACUUCCGAUGACGUUGAAACAAAUCCUUUGGAAGGUUCAAACAUAGAAGAAUCCAUAGAGCCGUCUGAGUGUACUUUAUUGGAGACUUCGUCCUCUUAUCCUAUCAUCAAAGAAGGAACGGACAAUGCGACUGCAGAAACUUCAUCACAUACAUGUAUAUCCACAGAACAACCAUGUAAAACUUCCAGUGAGGGUCCUGAUGUUCAAGAGACAGCUGGGCAACUUACUGCAUCAUCUCUUCCAACUGAAUCUUUCAGUCAAGUUUCUUUCUGGAAGUGCAGUCUUCCAGUUCUUGCACUCAGUGACCUUGAGAAAGUGUCAGUUGGGGAUCCAAAUGAAGAAUCCAACGUACUUGGCAAAUCUGCCACUGAUGAAAACAUCAACCAACAUCAUUUUCUUGUGAAGUACAAUCCAGACUUUGUCUAUGCACGUAAAAAUAUGCCAGGCUCCAUCGAGAGUCCCGUUCCUUCCAAGUCAAGUGGAACAGAAGAAACUAAGACGUUGGAAGGUGGAGAUUCUCCAUUGAAGUUUUCUUCCAAUGUUAGCAUGACGGACCUGGAGAACAUGAAAGGAAGUAACGCGAGUACCCCAAGUACGUCCAGCGGGGAACUCGGUCAGCUGAUGGUGCCGCUGUCCAUCAUGAAGUUGAGGGAUUUACAUUUUGGUGCUGAAAGCCCCAGCGAGUACUUUGACUGUCGCUCAGACCUGAACGACAGCAAGGAUAAUCUGGACGAUACCUCCAGCCAAGACAUGGCGGAAUCCAUCAAGGGGUCACUCGAUCUUGAGAGUCCGGGUCAAAAUAAGACAGAGUUCUCAGAGGAAGACGAAUCCACCCUUGAAAAUGAGAGUGCAUUUCAAGAGGCAGAACCAGCCUUGUCUCCUGAAUCUCAGAACGGAUCACCCAAAAGAAGAGCAAGAAGGCUCGCAUCUCUCACACGGGAGAAGAGAAAAAAAUUCACAGGGGACCGAGAAAUCGCAGAGGCCUCUCUGCAAGAGGUGACACCCGACACUCCUGAAACGACAGAGUCUUUGGUACCCAAGGUACAGUGGGGUGCCUUCAUAAAGAAACUCCCACCGAUGGCGCACCUUUUCUCCUUCUCGGAGAAAUGGCAAACCCCUUUAAAGACGAGAUCCGCUUCCUUUGAUGAGUCUAAACACCUAGAACAUCAGCUGUUAGAAAACGAAAUGGAACGAACCGAAACAGAGUCUGUUUCUUCUGCCAACCUUUCUUUGGAUUCAGUCCCGCAGCCACAGAGCGAGGCGAAACGGACCAAGGUACAUUUCGACGAGCCUCCAUUAUCCGAAUCCUCCCAAUCAGCUCUUAAGAGACCAGAGACUUUAUUCACAUUUUCAGCGAAAUCUACCCCUGGAUUUCCAGCACGACAGAGGAUUAUACGCACCAGGUCAGACGGACGUCUGCUGCAUGAUCUCUCACCCCUGUUCUCACCUAAUCUCUCACCGGUGAAGAGUCCCAAGGCUCUGUCCCCAUGGAGGACGUCGCACAUCACCCCUGACAAGGAGAGACAGGCUAGACUGGACUUCAAGAUUAAUUUCAAAGAUCAAGCCAAUUUCACAGGUCGUAGAUUGGUAGAUUGGCUUUGCUCAACGACAGUAGAGGAGAAGACUGAAGAUCAGCCAUCAGUCAUGUCUCCUUCUUCUGAUGUCCGUUCAUCAACUCUGCUUCUCUGUAGUAGCUUGCUGGACAUUGGUGUCAUCCAACCCCUUGAGGCCAAGACAGGCACCGACAAAUUCAAGAUGGAUGCCAUGUAUUGCUGGGCCCAGCACUCUUACCCUCAGACCUACUCUAAUGGGGCACCCGUUUCAACCUCUCCGGGUAAGCUGGAGCCCAUCUGGCCCCCGCCCAAACCAGAGGAAGGAGAAGCUCAUCACGGACUCAAGUACACAGAAGCAGGUCCAUGGGACAUUCUGGAAAUGUUACCGUCUGUUCUGAAGCAUCAACAGUUUGUCAUGGGACUGAAGAAAGAGCACAACCUGGCCCUGGAGAAGAUCGAGAUGGAGCACGAGCUGGCUAUGUUUGAGCUACGUGGGGAGCAAGCAGCCCAGCUCUGUGACCUAGAAGACCAAGUUUCUACCCUCAAGAGCAAGUGGAUGGCAGGAGAGACCCUUCACUCAAUCAGCGACAUGCAGAGAAGGCCAACAGUGGACGUUGGUAUUAACACAGACUGGAUGGCGUGCACCAGGCUUGGCCUUCAAAAGCAAAUCGAACUCUUUGAAGACAUCCAAGGAUCAAACGGGGAGAAAGGGGCACCAACCCCUCCCCCGCCCCCACCAAUGCCUGUAGGGGACUCUAUGAAUGUUCAUGAAUCACCUACGAACCUUGACGGAGUGCCUGGGAUACCCAGAGGUGUCCCACAGCCACCGCCACCCCCUCCCCCUCCGCCCUCAGCAAUACCACAGCCACCACCACUCCCAGGCAGUAUACCCCCACCUCCACCCCCACCCCCAGGGGUACCGGGUGGAGGGCCACCCCUACCACCACCAUUACCACCACCGGGUGGUGGACCCCCUCCUCCUCCUCCACCACCAGGCAGUUUAAUUAUUCCCCCUGGAGGAUCUGUUUCCCCGUUAGCUUCCAGCACCCCAGUCACGCCAAAGGGACCCGCUAAGCUGAUGAUAGAACCAACAGUGCAAAUGAAGCCAUUAUACUGGAGCAGGCUGCAGCUGCAUAAAUUACCUUCCAAUGCCCAGAAACAAAGUGUGGACACUGUGAACACUCUAUGGGGUCAACUAGAAGAUCUUCCCAUCCCAUCUGAGGAGCUUGAAGAACUGUUCUGCAAGAAGAUGAUGCAGAAGAAGAAGCCAUUGGUAGACUCCUUCAUCAAACCAAAAGCAAAAAAGGGUGUGAAGUUACUAGACAGUAAGCGUUCUCAAGCCGUCGGGAUCUUCAUGUCGAGUCUUCAUGUGGAGAUGUCUGAUAUCAGUCAGUCUGUCCUCAAUAUGGAAACAACCGUCUUAGAUUUGGAAAACUUGGAAUCUCUUUAUGAAAUCAGACAUCAAGAUGAUGAGUUGAAGACCAUCAAAGCCCAUUUGGCCAAAGAAUCGGACGAACCCCUGGACAAACCAGAACAAUUUCUGUAUGAGCUCUCCCAGAUACCGAACUUUGCUGAGAGAGUUUACUGCAUGACCUUCCAGGCUUCAUUCAAAGAAAACCUGACGUCGUUGAGAACCAAGCUCGGCAAUGUUCAAUUUGUGUGUGAGGUUCUAUUGACCAGCAAGGGAGUGAAGAAGGUUCUAGGUCUGAUUCUUGCAUUUGGUAACUACAUGAAUGGAGGGAAUCGGACCAGGGGCCAGGCUGAUGGCUUCGGUCUGGAUAUUCUUGCUAAGCUUAAAGACGUCAAGAGCCAGGAUAACAAGAUCUCUCUACUUCAGUACAUCGUCUCCUACUAUGUGGAUAAAAUUGAUGAGCAUGCUGGGACAGAGGAGGCGGUGUUCCCCCUACCAGAACCAACAAAGGUCAACCAAGCUGCACUGGUGAAGUUUGAAGAUCUUACAAAAGAUCUCAACAAAAUCAAGAGAGAUCUCAAAGGUUGUGAAGGCAAAGUUGCCAAAGUCUUAAAGAGCUCUGCCGAUGAACAUCUUCAGCCCUUCAAGGACAACAUGGACGCUUUCUUGGAUCAGGCCAAGGAAGAUAUCACUAUAACAGAAGAGAAACUUCAUACGACGGUUGCCAAGUUUGACCAUCUCUCGUCGUCUUACUGCGUCAACCCUAAGAGUAACGAAGACCUCACCCCUAAUUAUCUAUUCAGUCUCUGGGCUCCCUUAUGCAGAGACUUCAAAGAUCUCUGGAAGAAAGAACAACAUGGCAUUGCCAAGAAAAGACUUCGUGAGGCUCAAGAAAAAGUGAAGCAAAAACAAGAAGAGAAGAGAAGCUCAGUCAUCAUUAAGAAGAGUACCAAGAAAGCUGGGGGCUUGAAAGCAAAAUUAGCAGCAAAGGCAAGCUCGAGUACUAAGAGCUGAUCCCAUCCAGUCGUCACUGAGAGCUUCCAGUCCAAGGUUAGGUAAAGUCAAAUAAGUGCCUAGACGAGAUCUGGACAGUUUCCACAGGAGGGGGCUGACGAGAAAAAAAAGCCAGGUUGAAGUAUGUAAAGCAAGUGUUUUGCAAGAGAAAAAUAGUUUAAGCAUUGGUUUUAUUGUAGGGUACAUGAUAUAUUCCAACAAUAGUUGGGCAUGCCCCAACACUAUGACCCAGCUUAAGUUACUGUGUAUUCUCUUUUGUAAUUCUGUAGAAUUGGCUACUCGAACCUGAGUAGUUGUAUUCUGUUCCUCAACUCAUUAAAUUGUAGCUCUUACCUUAAACUGACUUUAACUGACUUUAAAGGACUAUACUGUAUUGUUGAUACUGGUACUCAUCAAACUGUACUCAACUUAUAGUCUGUUCUACAGUGCAUGUCCUUCCAGUUCGAAUCUUGUUAGAAAUUUUUUUCGGAGAUAGAAAACAGUAUUAGCAACUGGAAAAAACGUAAUAUAUACACACAGUGUUUGAAAAGCCCAUGCAAGAUUGUAUUCAGAGAUCUGCCAUCCAUAGUAUUUUCUGGUACAAAGAAACAUUUACAGCUGUUGAGGCUCUAGACUGUUUUGGCGUAAACUUUAUUCUGAGGUCAAAUACACCUGUGUACUACGUAGACAGUACUAUAUCAAACCCGGUGAUAAAGGUUCAGUGGAACAACUUUUUCUUGGGCUAUUUGAAUGAUGGCUUUAGUAAAAGUUCAGCAACUCAAACUUCUUGCAUAGGGAAAUCAAGAUAAAAACAGCUCCGUGUAGGCAUUGGACUUGGGAUAAUUUAAAAAAUAACACAUCUUAUGUCAUGUGUGAUUUGGUGUGUCCCCCCCCCCCAAAAAAAAAAGCAAAAAAAAAAAAA